UAUAAUACCACUUUCUCAGUGCCUUGAAAUUGGUUUUUCUGUGUGAGAUACUGAAAACGAAGUAAAAACUGUGCGAUGUCUGGACGAGGAAAGGGUGGCAAAGGACUUGGCAAAGGAGGCGCUAAGCGCCACCGUAAAGUCCUUCGCGACAACAUCCAGGGUAUUACCAAGCCCGCUAUCCGCCGUUUGGCUCGCCGUGGCGGCGUCAAGCGUAUUUCGGGUCUAAUUUACGAGGAGACUCGUGGCGUGCUGAAGGUGUUCCUGGAGAACGUCAUCCGCGAUGCUGUGACCUACACCGAGCACGCCAAGAGGAAGACUGUGACCGCAAUGGACGUGGUGUAUGCGCUGAAGCGUCAGGGUCGCACCCUGUACGGAUUCGGCGCGAAGUCCGCACCCAAGAAGGGCUCCAAGAAAGCGGUCACUAAGACCGCUGGAAAGGGAGGCAAGAAGCGUAAGAGGUCAAGGAAGGAGAGCUAUGCUAUCUACGUGUACAAGGUGCUGAAGCAGGUCCAUCCCGACACCGGUAUUUCUUCCAAGGCUAUGGGCAUCAUGAACUCCUUCGUGAACGACAUCUUCGAGCGCAUCGCCGGAGAGGCUUCCCGUCUUGCCCACUACAACAAGAGGUCAACCAUCACCUCCAGGGAGAUCCAGACUGCCGUGCGCCUUCUGCUCCCUGGUGAGCUGGCCAAGCACGCCGUUUCUGAGGGCACCAAGGCUGUGACCAAGUACACCAGCUCCAAGCUUCUGCGGAAAGGCAAUUAUGCUGAGCGUGUUGGCGCCGGAGCUCCAGUGUAUCUGGCUGCCGUGCUCGAGUAUCUGACGGCCGAAAUUCUCGAGCUGGCUGGCAACGCUGCUCGGGACAACAAGAAGACUCGCAUAAUUCCUCGUCACUUGCAGCUGGCUGUACGUAACGACGAAGAGCUGAACAAGCUUUUGGGCGGUGUCACUAUCGCUCAGGGCGGCGUGUUGCCUAACAUCCAGGCCGUGCUGCUGCCGAAGAAGACCGAGAAGGCCGUCAAGGGAAAAUGGAGAUAUGCCAUAUUCUUUUUUUGUGACGAGAGCAAGUGUAGUAAAAUGUCUGGACGAGGAAAAGGUGGUAAAGGACUUGGCAAAGGGGGCGCUAAGCGUCACCGUAAAGUUCUUCGCGACAACAUCCAGGGUAUUACCAAGCCCGCUAUCCGCCGUUUGGCUCGCCGUGGUGGUGUCAAGCGUAUCUCUGGCCUUAUUUACGAGGAGACUCGUGGCGUGCUGAAGGUGUUCCUGGAGAACGUCAUCCGCGAUGCUGUGACCUACACCGAGCACGCCAAGAGGAAGACUGUGACCGCCAUGGACGUGGUGUAUGCUCUGAAGCGUCAGGGUCGCACCCUGUACGGGUUCGGCGGCUAAACAUUUUUUGCUUAAUCAAAUUAAAUCCAAAGGCUCUUUUAAGAGCCGCCCAAUUCAUCUCUAAA